AUGUCCCAGAGUAAGGUGGAGAUGAGAUUCUCGCCCCAUGGUAGACAAGUUAGAAAAGUCACCUACCAUGCAAGUGAGAACAAAGGGUUAAAGAGGCCAGUGGCUCUGAUGAGACAAAGUGCUACUCAUCCAAGGCAGGCAACGAUCAAGGACAAAAUAUUUCAGAUACAGGUGCCUUCAGAAGCAACACAAAAGAUGUUCAGAAGAGUGGCAAUGCGGUACGGAGUAUCCCACACUCCACUUGAAGAAUCAAAUAUGGAAAAGGUGGAUAAAGGAUAUCGAGAGGACUUUCGAAGCGAGUUAAAAUCUUACUAUUAUUUUCCCACGCUCGAUGCAUUUUCUCUCUCUUUUUCGCUCUCUCUCUCUCUCUAUGUGUGGCUCUCGAGUUCUACAGGAAGGUUUCCGUUCAAAAUCCAGCACCGCCGUCUUCUCGCCGUACUGCCUACCCGAAAACAUGGACGAGGAGCUGCAAAGAACCUCGAGUUUGACAAGAUUCGAAAGUUUGGGCCGAUAGCGCUAAUCAUAAAGGAUGGUGAGACAUCACCAUGUUGUGAAAACUAUACAAUAUUUACAAGUAGAUGGUUGGUGACGCACCAUGUCGACUUGAGUCACUCGAGCUGGCAUGAUUUACCAGAUAAUGAGAAGGAAGAGUUGAUUGCUCGUGUCCAGGCCGACUUCGUCCUUGACUGGAUGAAGAUGAAUCACCGCGACACAGUAACAAAGAUACUUAGGAAGAGGUUCAAUCAUAUUCGGUAUGAACUUCACAAAAUAUACAAGAGUUACAAGACAAACGAAGAAGCUCUUGCGAAUAUGCCAGAGUUGGUGACAGCAACUACUUGGGUGAAGUUAAGCGCUCGAUGGUCAAGCGUGGAAUUUAUGAUAAGUCUAAUCGAUGUUGAUUGUGCUAUUUUUUAUAUGUUUAUAAUCUAGUUGUGUUAAUACAAGUAUGUGAGUUGUAGAUGAUAUAUGAGAAAAAUAAAAGUAAUAGAGCGAAGUAACAAACAAACCACACGGCUGGACGAACCUCCUUCGUAAGACUAAUGCAAAUGAGGGUACGAAUUUUAUUCAAAUUUGUACAUGUAUUUGCUGAUUUUAACCGACAAAUGGUAUUAAUCCCUACUUGUAUUUGUAGUCUGAGAGUGAUGAGCACCUUAUUGAUUUCUUUAAAGAGGUGAGGUGGAGUAAGAAGAAGGGUAAAUUUGUGACUCCAGCGACGGAAGAGAAACAUGUGAGUGACUUUGAAUGAGUCCGUGUGUACGUAUUAUUUACCUUGUAGUUUUGAACGAAUCCAUGUGUACAUAUUAAAGUGUGAUUUCACUUCCUUGAAUAGAAUGAAAUGGUUGCCAAGUACUCUAAGUUAGAGCCUGAGAAGCAAACUAAAGAUGUUGCUGCAUCAAUCUUUAGGGAGGUACUAGGCCACAGGCUAGGGUAUGCAAGGGGUUAGGGGAGAUGGUUAUCCCUGAGUCAUCUAGACAAAACACUGCAAAAAAAUUUAUAGCGUUAACAGAAAUGCAGAGAGGCAUGAGAAGGAUGCUGAGUAUUACAAGAAUCAAUUGGAAGAAUUACGGGGGAAUGUAGAGAAAGUGUUGGCAAAGCAAGUCGAGUAUGACAAAUUAUUAAGUUCAUACAUGGAAUCACAGAUGCAAACCCAAGGAGAGUUUCAUAGAGAAACUCAAGGACCUGCAUAGGCAGUUCCAUUUUUAGUCAAUAAGUUUUUUGUGCGUUUUUUGUAUGACUUCGGUUUUUGUAGGCUGGGACCAAAUCAAUAAGUGAAAAAGCUGCAUAUCUAUGAUUCUCUAAUCUUAUAUAUAUAUAUAUAUAUAUAUAUCUAAAAUAUUAAUUAGUCCCCCUAAAUAUUGCUCUUUUUCUUAUCAUAUCACAGAAUUGCAUGUUUUUUGUGAUUUUCUAAGUACCUCAAUGAUUAAUAUGACUUACAUGAUAGGAUGGAACCAUCACAUCAUCUAAUACUCAUGGACUAUCUACAAGUAAAGAUAGAUGCAUUCUUUAGAUAUUGAGAGGAAGCUACUUUAAUCAAAUGGAUUUUCAAGACAGUUGCAAUUGUAUACUUCUGUUUUUUCUCCCAUCUUUGCACAUAGAGUUAUAAAACUUACCUCUCUGAACUAAUUCUUUAUUUAUAAACUUAUAGUUCACAUCUUUUGGACUUUCGAGAUUCCUACCAGUAUUAAGGUUAUUUAUAUAUAGUUGUUAGAGAGUAAAAAUAUGAUAGACCCAAAUGGCUAAUGGUAGUCCAUUCAUAAAAUUUGAUUACUUAUACACACUUAGAAAAGCAUUGUGCAUUUCAAAACUUAGAAGAAAGAAUUCGCUAUAUAAAAGUUAUUACUACCACGAUUCUUGUGUUGUGCUCUUUUUUAUGUGAGUGAGAUGUGAUAUGAGUAUAAUUAUGACCAUGUACAGAUUUUUAUCACAGGUAAGGAAUUUAUGAAAUAGGUAGGCUAAAAUACAAUGAUAUGUUUACCCCACAAUUUCUCUUCUUUAUCAAAUAUAUAUAUAUAUAUAUAUAAUGAUAUGGGUAUACAUUAUAUUUUAGUUUUGGAAGUCCUUUCCUAAUUUUGUAGUUGCAAUUUAGAUUUCUGUUGGGCUUUGGAAACUAAAGAAAAAUUUGUGAAUCUAAAUUGUUGCAACUUUGAGAUCAAUGAAGGAGGCUUCCAGUUUUUAGAUGAAGAGAUACCUUUAGAUUUUGAGAUGAAGAAGGCAGCUUCCAUGAUGAUCAAGACUUGCUUAGAAAAUCCUUGUUAUAGAAUAAAGUUGAGGUGUACACAUGUAAACUUACAUUGAUCCAUUAAUGUGGGAUGCUGGGUUGAAUUUCAAAUAGCACUUUUUAUGAUCAAUGAAUGAUAUAUCGAUACAUGUUGGGGAUAUUUGAAACAUCUAUAUCAUGUAAACGAUUAAUUCAUGAUAUUGUAUGCUUAUUACGGAA